CACACUUUUGAGUUUGACAGCUCGUCUGAGAUUGAGAAGAAAGAACGCUGAAAAUAAUGUUUGAACUGAGAUGAAAAUUCAGCAGAACUCAAGAAGAUUGUAGUGUUAAAGUUAUUGGAUAGAGUAACUCACCAGAAGAGAUGAAAUUGCUGAAACCUCCUUGGGUCAACCACGAUGGAAAGCCCAUCUUUGGGAUUGACAUUCAUCCAGAUGGCACCAGAUUUGCUACAGGAGGACAAGGUGAUGAUUCAGGACGGGUCAUUAUUUGGAACAUGGCUCCGGUCAUCCAUGAGAAAGACGAGAAAGAUGAAAAUGUUCCUAAGUUGCUAUGUCAGAUGGAUAACCACCUCGCAUGUGUGAACUGUGUACGUUGGUCAAACAAUGGUUAUUACCUCGCAUCUGGUGGAGAUGAUCGUCUUCUUAUGGUCUGGAAAAUGAUGGGGACUGGAACAUCAUCUGUAUUUGGUUCUAGUGUGAGUAAUGUUGAGCAGUGGAAGUGUUCACAUACACUCAGGCACCAUACAGGAGAUGUCUUAGAUGUUGCUUGGUCUCCCCAUGAUUUGUGGUUGGCUUCCUGCAGCAUUGACAAUACUGUUAUUAUCUGGAAUGCAGUCAAGUUCCCAGAAAUGAUCACAGUAUUGCAAGGUCAUUCUGGUUUGGUGAAGGGCGUUUCUUGGGACCCCAUUGGAAAAUAUGUUGCAUCUCAGUCUGAUGACAAGAGUGUAAGGAUUUGGAGAACAUCAGACUGGAAGGAAGAAACAGCUGUAUUCAAACCAUUCAAUGAGUGUGGUGGUACAACCCAUGUGCUACGUCUAUGUUGGUCACCGGACGGUUUUUACCUUGUUUCGGCCCAUGCGAUGAACAAUCGCGGGCCCACUGCUCAGAUCAUAGAGAGAGAGGGCUGGGAACCUACUAUGGACUUUGUAGGCCAUCGGAAGGCAGUCACUUGUGUGCGAUUUCAUAACAGUAUCUUCACUAAACCAUCCAAGAAGAGCACCAUAAAGGCUCAUAAUUACAGUAUCUGUGCCAUUGGUAGCAGAGAUAGAGCUAUCUCUAUUUGGAUGACGUCACUAAAGCGCCCUCUUGUGGUCAUCCACGAUCUCUUUUCUAAUUCCGUCAUGGAUGUGUCAUGGAGUCUAUCUGGAGGUGAUCUCCUUGCCUGUUCAUGGGAUGGCACUGUUUGUUACUGUCAGUUUGAUAUGGAGGAGAUCGGACGUCAGCUCACUUUGGAGGAACGGAAUAAGAUCCAUGAAGGUCUGUAUGGCAAGAGGGUGUUGUCCAAGAGUCUUGCAUCUAAUACCAUUAUAGAGAACCCUGCCAUGCUUCAGCUGUUACAGCAGCAAAAGGAAAUGAAAGAAGAACAGGAAGCCGCCAAACAGAAGGUGGUCCAUAAUACACCUACCAAGAGGAAUCUACCAGCUAACAGCGUCAUGGAGGGACAACAGUUUGAUGUGAAGAGAAGACAAAUAGAAACAAGAACAAAGGAUGGAAGAAGGAGAAUAACUCCAAUCUUCAUUGCCCCUCAGCAAGGUCCAAUGGGUCCACCCGCUCCGUUUACGACACAUUCAAACUCUGCCUUCUCAAUGAGUGAGAACAAAGAAGAGUCUAGCACAGCCUUCAAAGAGAACACUGACAAGGCCAAGACCAUCAAACAGGAAAUCCCAGAGAAAGACCAGAACCAGAUAGAAAACACUGUACCAGACAAAGUACAAAAGCCACCAUCUGCUCUAGACUCAAGGUUUACAGAGAGAGCCAAAACCCCAACAACAACUCCUGUAACUGCCAGAACUGAUGCUGCCUCAGGCUUCUCGAAAGAGACGCCCUUCACAACGCCAGUAACCGUUCAUGUUCCACGAAGGAAGGAACCGGAACCAACACCGACUUCCAGUGUGACCCCCAUUACUGCCCCACCAGUAGCAGCAGCAGCAGCAUCGGCUUCCACCCCACCAGUAAUAGUCAAGAGAAGCAGGGGAAGGCCUCCUGGAUCCGGAAGAGCUGCUGCUCAGGCUGCUGCCGCUGCAUCUGCUGCUGCUGCAGCCGCUGCUGCAGCAAGGGCCACGCCUCCUGGUCCACAGGGUGUUACAGAGAGAGACACUGCACGAUUACCCAGACGAGGUCUACAGCUUCCUACACCAUCGGUCAACAAGACCAUCAGUACUCAGGUGACCGGCAAGCAAGCCGCUGGAGAGGGAAAGGUCACUAUAGAGGUGGAUAAUGAGGUCAAUGCUGGUAGAUUGACCAUUCAGAAGCUGCGGUGUAUUAAAUCAGGUCAGACUGUUUGGGAGACUAUCCUCACCAGUAAAGCCCUGUCAUUGGUUGCCAAUAGCAAUAUCAUUUGUGUCAGCUGCGAAGAUAAGACCUUAGGAGUGUAUUCACCGUCUGGACGUCGUAUGCUGCCCUCAUUAGUCCUUCCGUCCGUCGGUAGUAGUAUUAAAAUCAGAGGCUACCAUAUAAUGGCUAUCAGUACAUGUGGCAAGCUGUUUGUAUGGGAUGUAAGGAAUCAACAAGCAAUUGUGAACAAAGUUUCUUUGGAGACCAUUAUAGAGCCAAGUAUCUCAAUCUCCAAGUCCUUACUGACUGACCAGGGUGUAGGAGUGAUUGGUUUGUCUAAUGGCAAGUCAUACAUGUAUAGCAACUCAAUGUGCUGCUGGUUAUUAAUUGAUCAGAAAGAGGAUAUAUUGAGAUUGACAUCUGAUCAUCAGCCAUGUCAACCAGCUCAAACUCCUUCUCAUUCAGGAGGACCUCUAUCACACGUACAGGGUACACAACAAAGACCUGGCAGCCAAACAAGGAGUAUGUUUCCUGGUAAUCAUAAUCUCCAGAAAGCUGCCACCCUUACUCACCUUGAGAAUCAAGUAUCUGCUGCCCUCGCUCUCAAAUCUCCCAAGGAGUAUCGUUUCUGGAUUCUUACCUAUGCUAGGUAUCUUGUACAAGAAGAAUGUGAAGGUAGACUGAGAGAGCUGUGUAAUGAUCUUCUAGGGCCAUUCUAUCAGGGAGACCAAGAAGAGGGUGGUUGGCAAUCAAGUAUUCUGGGCCUUUCCAAGAGAGGUCUUCUCAAGGACAUUCUGCCCAUCCUAGGGACAAAUCUCAAGCUGCAGAGACUGUAUUCAGAAUAUGAAGACCAGCUGGAGAUGGCUCCUAGGUGAUGAUCAUAUAGAGGGCGCCCGUCAUGAAAUGAUUCUGAUGUUAACCUUAACUUUAUUUUGAUAAGCUUCACAUUUCCAGACUACUACAAAGGGAGCUUUGGAUUUCUUGUCUAUGAUGCAGAAUCUUCUGAUUUGAUGAAAUUGGCCUUACUACGCAUGACUAAGCAUAAGAAUACAGGGGUAAGGGAUAGAGGAUUUACCCAUCAUGGGCUCGGUUGUGAAAUCUAAGGCUUCCUAAUGUUUGAAGACAUGACAUAUACCAUCUGCGAAUUGAUGAGACUUAAUGGGCCUUGAUACAUGAUACAAAUCUGUGGAUUGAGUGGCUAGAUUGAUCAUGCAGUUUUACCUCCAUGUAGAUUGAGUCUCUUUACACAUUAAACAAUCUUAUGGAGUAGAAAAUUUGGUCUUUGAAAUUUUGCAAGAGUAAAGUCAUGAAGCAUUUCUGCAAUUUGAAUUUAUCUCACAAUGUGUUGAAGUAAUGACCCAGGAUGCACCUUGGCCCCCAGCUAGUUAGGGUUAAAUUGGCGUAAACCACAGAUUGAUAGUUUAGAAUCAGGCCUAUUCAAUUUUCUUUUCCAUCUUUUAAGAAUUAGAAAAGGGCCAAAGAAACAAAAGAACCGUACAGGAUAAAUUAAGUGUUAGCAUUCUGUUAUGCCCAUUAGUUUAGAACAAACUUAAACCACAGCCUCCAUAAACCAGAAUUCAGAAUAUAGACUUAAGAAUUGUUUUAAUCAUCCAAUCAUAAUUUGCAACAAACGAUAUUGAUGAACUUCUUAUUGGCUAGUGACCUUUAAUUGUUUUUGUAUUAAAAAUAGAAUAAUGAACUGAAUAUUACUGUAUCAAAAUUUAGAAACAAUGCAUUGAUCAUGCACUGAAUUGAUCCAAGUUGAGAACAAUGUGCACCUUUUUACCAUGUGUUUGGUAUCAGAAUCUCCUUUGCAGGCAUCUGUUAGUAAUUGAUCUUGCAGGGGCUGAUAAGCCCCCCCCCCUCCCUCUCCCCUAUUUUUGUUAGGGGAGGGGAAUAACAAAUUUGUGUUGUUGUUUUUUUUGGGGGGAGGGUGGUGUGUAACUUUUGGUUUCUAUCACACAAACUCAUUAAAAUUGGUGGAGAUAACACUGCAAUACACAUUCAUGUAUGCAAUUAGGAUUUUUAGACAUAUAUUUUCCAGACACAAGGCUGAAUAGUUAUCCAUCAAAAGGUGUGUUUAUACUACAUUUGCAUAGGUAGAAUAGGUGUUUUAUAUGCUCAUGGGAAUUGCAAGUGAGUGCUCUUUAUGCUUCUUUUUGUAAAGACAAAUUCGGGCUCUGCGGCUAAAUUUGCAAAGCUGCGCUUAGUAUGUUGCAUUGACCCGGGAGGAGACGUCAAGUUGGGGUGCA